UGCUCUUGCGACCAGAGUACCUCCAACACACAAUCUCCAUAUCCGUCCCUGAUCGUCGUUUUCGUCCGAUAAAGCGUCACCUAUAUAAAAAUCCCACAGACAGUGUCAGCGCUCUCUCGAACUGAGCGCGGGGUCUUCCCCAGCGCCUCUGGUGUCAAGAACAAGCAGGAUGUUCUCUGCCGUCCUGCCAAAAUUUAAUUCCAUGAAGGAGAAGGUGCCCUUCUUGAAACAGAUACGCCUCAACUUUAUUACCAUCCACUAUGUCUAUAUUAUUCUAUGGGCGAUCAUCGGAUCGGUCAUUGUCUAUGGUGGAGGAGGACUUGCCUACAUCGAUGCACUUUUCCUCGCAUCGGGCGCCGCGACCCAGAGCGGCUUGAACACUGUCGAUAUCAACAAGCUCAACACCUUCCAGCAGAUUACUUUCUACUGGAUGUCCAUGUUCACGACCCCGAUUUUUAUCCACUCCUUCGUCGUAUUUAUUCGACUUUACUGGUUCGAAAAGCGCUUUCAGCAUGUCGUACAGGACGCUCGAGCUAUGCGUCGUACCAAGUCAAGGUCGAGAACAAUGACGACGGACAAGGAUCGAGACGGUGACGAGGCGGAAAGAGGUGUCCGUGGCCGCCCAAUUAUUGUCCUGCGUAACCGUUCAAGUGAAGGCGGCCGAAGUAUAGAAAAUGAGCAUGUCAUAAAGCCGGAUCGCGAGUCGCCUUCGGAGUCCUCUGAGUCGCCUCACGGUACACGGCAGCGCGACGAAGACGCCGGAAAUGAGAAGGAUACGGACAGUGGAGAGGACAAUCCCCGUAGUCAAUCAGGGACCCGAUCCCGCUCUCGCCGCGUCAGUAGUCUGCGUGUCCCAACCCAGCUCAGUCCGGAACACCAUAUCGCGUUUCUAGAGAAUCAACGAAGGGACAAGGGAGCCCUGCGUAUUCCGAGUCCCCGUGAAUACGAUCGUGGUGGCGUGCCGCAGGCUCUCGAAGAUGACCCCGCUGAUCUUACCAGAAUCGACACUCGUCGAUCUGGGCGGAGUUCCAAAGAAGAGGACCGCGAAAAUACUCACGGCCCAUCGCACAUCAGCCCGCAUAUUACUAUCAACGAGCCCGACUUCCUGCGCCAACGGAGCCGAACUACAACGUUCCCGCGUCUCGAAACGCGCCGUACUAUGCGUGACGAGGAGGGUGACGAUAUGGAGCUCGAACAAUCUCGGACAAGGAGAGGCCGAUUCAACAGUCUGAUGCGAUCCUUUACGCAGGAGCGAGAAAGAGAUACAAUCCCUUAUCUAAGUUGGAAUGCAACAAUUGGCCGCAACUCCAACUUUGUCGCUCUAACUGAAGAACAGCGGAAUGAACUCGGAGGUAUAGAAUAUCGGGCACUGAAAACUCUGGCAGUUAUCUUGAUAUCAUUCUACGUCUUCUUCCACGUUCUUGGCAUAAUAUUCCUGGUUCCUUGGAUCAUGAAUACCAAGACAUACGGAGACGUCGUGACAGGCGAUGGCCAGGGACGUCCCUGGUGGGGUAUUUUCACAGCUGCCUCCGCUUUCAACGAUGUGGGAUACACACUGACCCCGGAUUCGAUGAAUUCUUUUGCUCGUGCGAUAUAUCCUCUCCUGAUAAUGUCGUUCUUGAUCGUCAUUGGAAACACCGGCUUCCCAUGCAUGUUGCGACUUGUUAUAUGGCUCAUGACGAAAAUUGUGUCCAAGGGAAGUCCCAUAUGGGAAGAGCUCGUGUUCCUUCUGGAUCAUCCGCGCCGUUGCUUUACACUUCUAUUUCCUAGAAAUGCCACCUGGUGGCUGUUUGCUAUCCUGGUGAUACUCAAUGCGCUGGAUGUGAUCUUCUUCAUCGUUCUGGAUCUUGACGACCCCUCUGUCACAUCCAUCCCAGGCGGUAUCCGAUUUCUUGACGGCCUCUUUCAAGCUGUCUCGACGAGAACGGCAGGAUUUGGUGUCAUCAGUUUGUCUGAUCUCCACCCGGCUAUCCAGGUCUCCUACCUGAUCAUGAUGUAUAUCUCCGUCUUCCCCAUCGCCAUUUCCAUGAGACGAACAAACGUCUACGAAGAGAGGAGUCUCGGAAUCUAUUCAGCGGUCGAUGAAGAGGAUGACGAGGACGAUAAUACUAAAGAACCAAGCUACAUUGGUGCUCACUUGCGGAGACAGCUGAGUUUCGACCUCUGGUAUGUGUUCUUGGGAAUGUUCAUAAUCGCGAUUGUGGAAGGAGACCGUCUGCAGAAUACCAACGAGUACGCAUUCACCCUUUUCUCGGUCCUGUUCGAGAUCAUCUCUGCCUAUGGCACGGUUGGAUUGUCUCUCGGAUAUCCAAACGUCAAUGCGUCUUUCUCCAGCCAGUUCAGAGUGAUUUCAAAGCUGGUCAUUAUUGCGAUGCAGAUCCGUGGACGGCACCGAGGAUUGCCGUAUGCUCUUGACCGUGCUAUUCUGCUGCCCUCCGAAUCUCUCCACAAGAAGGAUGCUACAGAAGCGGAGAAGCGACUACGUCGGCGUCCUUCUAAUGUUAGUCGCAUGUCUGGCGUCCCCAUGCGAAACAGUACUGCCGUGUCCACGUCUAGAGACAUAGAUAGUCAGUCACUUCAGCAGCGUAAUGUGGGGGAGCAACCGACCACCUGAGCUGUCACUCUUCACGGUGUUUCUAUAUAUAUACAAUUUCUACACUGAUAGACGGAUUGGCGUUGACUCGAGUAUUACUCUUGGCGUUGCAUACCAGGUGGUUCCUGGAAAGUUCAUAUACACUAUGCAUCUUGUUGAUAAGCAAGCGAUUUUACGAUUAUAAUCGUGUUACAAUGUUUUGAUCUUGUUUCUAUAUUUUCGUCUUUUGGUGG